AUGACGGGUAAGAGGACAAAGGCAACGGGAGAUAACCUGGUCAACGCAGGAGCGGCCGAAGCAGCCGGCGAAGGGGGAUCGGGCCAGAUGCUGCCAGCCAACCAAAACGACAUAGAAGCCGCCAGGGAUACUUUGAGCGGGAACAUAGACCAGCCGACUCUUCACCAGCUGCUGCUGGGCGUCCUGUCAGCAGCGCAGGCCAACGCCCCCAAAGCGCCGGCCAAGGAUCCCCGGACAGCACCGCCUCGGGAUCGCUCUCCUGACGUUGUCAUCACAAAAGACGUGACCAUCAUGCCAUCCGCAAGAGAGCAGCUAGCAGCAAUAAGGACUGAAGUUCAAGCGAACGACGCCCCGAAGCUGACAGCCCCACACGAGCAGCGGGAGCAGCUCGACGAAGGAACGCUAAUGCUGCUAGAGACUGCCAUCACCGCGCUGGAUGCGAACGAACCCCAGCUGGCCGUCGCGGGAGAAUGCCUCAAGAUCGCUCACCGCCGCCUUAAGUGCUACUCCGUUGCUCUGGCCAAGGCGGGCCCAGGAGCCAACGGUAAUUUCACGGCCCCCUACGAAAUCUGGCACGGCAGGCGGCGCAACUUCACCAAGCCAGAGUUCAAACCAGAGGCCAUAGAUAAGGGCGACAUAGAGAGUGCAUUAGCUAAAACGCGCAAGUCGGUGGCGGCGGACAGGGACGAGAAUUUGGCCGCCACAGUACUGGGCGCACUGCUCGUUGCCGCGGGUUUUAGAGCCCCUCGCCCCGCGCAGCCCCCCCCUGCCCAACGAGACAACACACAAGCGGAGACCAAGAACACCGCCAAGCGUCCCGCACCCGGCCCUGCAGAGCCCACCCGGCCCCGGACCAAGGUCGCCCGCAAAGCCCAGGAACCACAUCCAGACCCAGGAGCCCCUUCGAGGAAUGAACAAGCGGUCCCAGAAGGACCUCCCCCCCGGCCGUACUGGGGCAAGAAUCACCAAUCUGCACGGGACCACGGGGAUUUUGUGUCUUCUGCCAUCGAGGGUUUGCUGGAGUCAGAGACCAUCAAACCUUGCCAGUCCCGCCCUUUCAUGACCUGUCCCUUGGCGCUGCGUGCGCUCAGACCGCGCCGUGUGGCGCUAGACCGCGCUUCGGCGCACACGCGCCCUGGCGCUCCGAGAGCAGCAAUUAGUACUCUGCAGUAGUGUAAGGCCCUUGGCAG